AUGGAGCUCAGUGCUCUCUCUCCUGCCAAGUCCCCUGCUCACUCCCCACCUCGCCCUUCUCCUACUCUGGCCCCUCGGUGUCUUCCGAGUCCCAAGGAACCAGAGCAUGAUGUGCCCUACUUCAGGUCUGUCCGUCAGGUAGUCAGUGAGACAGAGAGGCUAACAGAAUUUUGUCAGCAGUGGGAGCCCAGGAUGGAUGAUGCCUCUGUCCCUGAAGAGAUGUGUGACCGUAUGCGUACGGCGGUGGGCCAGGCCAGGCUGCUGAUGAAGGAGAGGUUUGGUCAGUUCUCUGGCCUGGUGGAUGACUGUGAGUUGGGCAGAGGAGAGAAGAUCACCACCUGCACAGCUUCUGGGACAUGGUGUACUACCAAGUGGAGUCUAAAGGUUGGCAGGAGGAAAGCAAACCCCCCACGACAGAGGAAGUUGGUCAAGAAGCUGCCUUCUGCUCUGGUGGCUAAGCCUACCAGUGGUGCUGUCGCCAAGUCUGGUCUGGCUGCAAUAAAGGCCAAGCAGCAGGCUGCAAAGGCAGCGCAGGCCGCAGGGCCAGGCAGUGCUGUGGACGACCCUGCUCCAGUUCCUGAGGACCCCCAGGCGGAGACCCAGGCCCCAGAACCACUGGUGGUGGUGUUCCAGGUGGAGAGUCCUGCCAAACUCACAGGCUCUGUGAGGAGAUCCACCCAUGUAUCUGCCAUGCCUCAGGCCUGUUCAGUCACCAAGUUCUCCACCCCCGGCAGAACUCGCCACUCCAGCACUGCUGCAGCUGCACACACUUCCCCUCUCCCCCACUUCACCCAUACCACUACCUGCUCCACCCUCACCCCUGCCUACCUGUUUAAUGCCACCCCACUCCGAACCCCUCACCCUGAUCCUCAGUUCUACACCCCGGCCCCCACCAGAGUCUCUCUCUGCAUCUCAACAGUCAAAGAAGCUCUGGACACUCAGUCAGAGGAAGGCCCCAGCAACCAACCAGAGCUAGCCUCUGUGCAGAAUGUCACUGCUGACCAACCAGAGCCCGAGAGCAUGCAGGAAGAUGUAGCUUGUGACCAAUCUGAGGCAGUUUCAGAGCCCACUGUUUGCCCUGAGGAGCACUCUGAGAGCUGUGAAUCACCAUCCAACACACAACAGUUGACCAAUGACGAACAGCAUCGAGAUGCCUUCAGCCAAUCGGUGUUGGCCACAGAAGAGCCCAACCAAUUAGAGCUCCAGGACAGAAAAGAGGCUUUAGAGGCCUACAAUACCAGCCUACCCAUCUCAUCAUGGCUCACAGUCUCCUCAAGGCUUCCCCUCUCACCCUCACUGCCCCACUAUCAUGGAGCAAAGUCCUAUCCAGUCAGGAGCCCUGAUUUCAGCUUCACCCUCUCUCAGCACCCCAGCCAGGCCAAGAUUUACUGAGGCCAGCCAAUCUCCCCUCUCCUCCCCCUGCUUGGUGUCCCCCUCCUCUCCUCCUGCUGUCCAGGUCUCCCUCAGCUUCCCAGCUGAUGCCGAUGUACCAGGGACUGUGACUCCAGAUACUUCCAUCACAGAGGGUCUUCCGGGGUUGGACUUUGAGCGCUACCUCCAACCUGCAGUGAGGUGUAGCCUGUCACAACGGGAGCCAGCUGUUGCAGAGAUGCUGUCGCCCAUGGUGAUAGACGUAGAAAUGGAGAGUCCGUUGGCUCCGUCUGAAGAGACCCCUCAGGAGGAAGUGUCGACUCCCACAGCAUCUCCCAGUUUCACACAAAUGUUCAUCCCACGGAUCACACAGCCAGUUGAGUCAGACCUGUUGCUGUUCACCACUGAUCAGAUGGACAGAGUGAGACAGUCAAUGUGCACCAGUGACCUCGUGUCGUUCACACCUCCCUCUGACAGAACGAGCAACUGAUGAGACUGAUUUGCAUAACUGCUGUUGUAUAUUUUGCUACACUAGUUUAUAGUUUCAAAAAUAUAUAUUUUUUUAUAUGCAUUGUUUUAUUUUAAACGUAUAAUUGUCAGAAUAGUUUUUUUGUAACUUUCCUUAAACUCUUUUGUGCUAUCUGUACUAUUUUAUUAUUUAAUACCAAAAAGGCAACAGGUAGUGUUAAUUAUUAACCACAUUCUAUAUGGAGCCCAGGUGUUCUAUACAAAAUCAACU